AUGUUUUAAUUGCUAUCAAAAAGGACAUUUAGCGCGCCACUGUCCAGAAAAUGAGGACAAGAAAGAACAAAAUUCCCCUAGUCCUUAUAAAGUUGUUCCUGACCGGCCUCAUGCACAUAACCCAAACCCGGGGAAAUCUUACCGUAGUACAGAGGGCCCCCCGGGAACCUACCAUUUCAUACCAGACCCUGAAACAGUUAAAACCUUCGGAGCUGCUACACAGUCCCAUAGCUUCGCCCACUAGGGGAAAGGCAAACCGGUGUCGGCCCAUUUCCAUCUAUUUCUUGAGGAAUUGCCAUAUCCUCUGUCCUGCCUCAUCGACACCGGCGCAGCCAGGACUGUUCUAAAAACACAAGAUCUAAAAGGCAGGAUUCCACUCUCUGGCAACACAACCACCACCAUUGGGCUUACAGGUCAUCCAGUGACUCUUAGGGAGACGAAACCAUUGUACUGCAGGUUAGGUCAACACACCGAAGCAGUCAGAUCUCUAUUAGUUUCAGAUGAUGUCCCUAUCAACCUAUUGGGAGCAGACAUUCUGUCGGAGAUUCAGGCCAACAUCACUUAUACCCCAGAGGGUGUUGUGGUAACUAGUGCACUCACAGACGAGUUGCUGUGUGCAGUGGUGGCAGUCCCGUAUACUGGAGAACCUGGUACAAAUUUGUCCCUGGAUGUACUAGCUGAGAUAGACCCUAAGGUUUGGGCGGUUGACAAAUAUGAUGUCGGCUUGCUGCCAGUACCUCCAGCCACUAUACGGAUUGCCCCCAGUUGCGUGCUACCAAAAUUGCCACAGUAUCCUCUGAGUAUAGCACAGAUGGACAGUCUCAAGAUCCAGAUUGAUAGAUAUCUCCAAAUCGAGGUCUUAACCCCAACACAAUCACCCUGUAAUACACAUUUAUUUCCAGUGGCAAAAAAAUCAGCCAAGGGUCAGGAAGUCACUUACCGACUGGUCCAUGAUAACAAAAUCAUAGUCAGUGAUGCCUCGUUAGUGCCUAAUCCUCACACAUUACUUGCGUCCAUUCCUCCUAAAGCUUCGUACUUUAGUGUUAUCAACUUGUCUAAUGCCUUCUUUUCUGUUCCACUAGAUCCACAGUGUCAAUACAUCUUUGCUUUUUCGUUCCAGGGUAGACAGCUGACAUGGACCCGGUUACCACAGGGGUCCAUGACUAGCCCAUCGGAAUAUAGUUGCAAGCUAAAGGUGGUAUUAGACCAGUGGGUGCCAGAGGAUCCGGAGGUCGCACUGUUACAAUAUGUGGGCGAUCUAUUAGUUUGUUGCCCGGAGAAGGAUUCAUGCUAUAGACACACUAUCUCGCUACUGAACCAUCUGGCAUCCACUGGGAAUAAGGCUAGCAAGGAAAAAUUGCAGUUUUGUAAGGAGAAGGUUAUUUUUCUAGGCCUCUGUAUCUCAAAAGGGACCCAACACCUAAUAACACAACAGAUACAGACUCUCAAAGACUUCACCCGACCUCGUAAUGCCCGACAGUUGAGAGCCCUUCUAGGUCUGAUCAAUUACAGCAGAGAUUGGAUCCCUAAUAUUUUAUUCAGAAUGGGUCCUCUCUAUACUUUCUGUGUUAUUACAGAAAGUUGGUGACAUAGUUUUAGAUUCCCCUCUAACCUUUCUCAUCCCACACUCUUCCAAGAGAUUCUCAACCAGCUCCAAACCAAACAUCUUUCAGCAGCACAUCUGACCAAAUCUGAAGUGACUCUCCUUACCCUUACUAACCUCACACUGAGACGAUGUACAAUCCUCAAUCCCGCAUCUCUUCUCCCGACCCAUUCUAACUCGGAAGAAGAGGGGGGGACGAAGGGAUUGUGACUGACUCUAACCCAACCAUGACAGAACCAACAGACAAUCACAACUGUCUUGAACUCAUGGAACCCGAGACAGAAGCAGUACAACAUCCACCUCCGUGACGGGCGGAUCCACGCCAACCACUGCAAGAAGCUGCUGGACUAUCAAGUGCAAUGAUCAGGUGCAUUGUUUCUAUAUACACUUGUUGUUUAAUGUAUUUUGGAUACUGUUAUGAGGAGUCACAUCCGAAUUUACUGUUCAAGAUGCAUUUACAAUUAGCAAAGACAGCAAAUAGGUCCAACUGCUGGGUGUGCUCCAAACCCCCUCUGAGCCAGAGCAUCCCGGCAAUGGCGGCAGUACAUGCCCUUUAUGACAUCAGGGUGGGCAUGAGAAAGUUUAGUCCUUCAGGUAGAUCAGUGGAACGCCAUCUGUCCAUAGAAUUUAAUCAGACAUUCUUAGAUGGUAAUGUCACCUAUGGUCUUGAUGUCAGCCCCGAGGCUUGUACUAGACUUAGCAGACCCGUGUGGGUAUCCGGUCAAUUAGGCCAGUCCGGGAUUUGUUUUAAUAUCAGCUCUGGUUUUGGAGCCAAGUCCCUGGGGAGGACCGAAUGCCCAUCUGGGAUAACCAUCCAGUUGUUGCGCAAUGCCCGUAACCGUAACCCCAAUGACCUUUGUGUCUCACUAACUGGGCCCUAUUACUUUUUGUGCGGCCAGGCUGCCUAUAGAGCCGUUCCCCCGAAUACUAGAGGGUCAUGCUCCUUAGUCAGGUUAGUCCCUGCCUCCUACAUUGCCGACGGUCACAAGGACUUGAUGGUGCAGAGGAGGGUAAGUGUGGAAAGAAGGACCAGGAGAGAGCUAUUCUCCGCAGGGGACCGUGCAUGGGCAUGGUUUCCGGCAUGGACCGGAUGGGGUAUAGAACUUAUGAAACGGCUAAAUAAUUUUUCCAUCAUAAUGGACGAGAUGUUUAAUGAGACAGUCGAAGCCAUGAAAGAAAUUUCUUCUGAACAACGACAACUGAAGACCCUUAUGCUUCAGGAGAAAAAUGGCUCUCGACUAUCUUUUAGCAUCAAAGGGGGGUUUCUGUGAGUUCAUCGGGGAGGAUUGCUGUACCUGGGUGGAAGAUACUGGGUACAAGGUUCAGGCCCAUCUUGACAAGGUGAAAGCAUUACAGGGACAAGCACGCGCUAUUGCAGAGGAGGGUUGGAACCCCUUUAAAGGUUUAGGGGGCUUCGGUGAUAUGUUGUUUUCUAUUGGAUCAUGGCAUAAAGAAGUUGAAGUGUAUGUCCUGAUGCUGCUCUGCUUUCUUUUCCUCCUCUAUGUGACGGCGAGAAUGACCUGUUGUUUGGUGAACCAAGUUGCAAAGAGCCGUGCAGAGGACCAUGUGAUGAUUCCAUAAAGAGCCAUCGCCUGAAGCAUCCGGAACCCUUUACCUCAGGAAGAUCAGCACAGGAAGAACCACCACCUUUUUUUAACAAACUAUGGACUGUCCCUAAAAGAACCGACUUCUUCCCUUCUUGGAGACUUUUUUUGGGCUGUUCUUCUCAAAGAAGACAUAACCAGAAACCUUGUAUGAUGACAUCACCUCCCUGAAGGCCAGUCUGGACCUCAUGAUCAAGAUAUAAA